CCCAACACACUCGCAUUGAUUAUCAGUCUGGGAGGGUGAGAGCCACUAAGGACCUGGUUGCUGGGCAGGUUGUGACAUUUGAAAUCAAAUUCCCUAAUCCCUUGUACAUCUCUGCUAGUGCUGGGAUCCAAGUCGUCUUCUUCUGUGCUGGUGGGAGCAAAGGGAAAAUGGUGUAUGAUCCCUUCCUCCUGAUGAUCCCAGAUGUCUCUGGCUAUUGCCAGACCUACAACAUACAUGGACAGGACCAGUAUGAUAACUAUGCAAUGAUAACAGCCAAAACAUCAGAAUCUGGUGGCAUCACCAUUGAUAAGGAACCCUUGGGAAACAUUGCAUGGAGGCCAAUUCCAGGCACAGGGUUCUCUUGGGCUGAAUACAACCUUGGCAACGGGUUUAAGAGAGAAACCAUGGAGCACCCCACAACUCCUUUUGGGCUUCUGAGCAUUGGAAUUGCAUCCAGAUCUGGGUAUGGCUCACCAGCUAUUGGUGCAAGCAUGUCUUUCUGGAUAGAUAUUCCGACGCCAUCCUGCAGUGUGGUCCUCUGCAAGGAAGGAACAGUUUGUAAGAUGGUAGAUGGGGAGCCAGAGUGCUUGCCAGUUUCUGCGGCCACGUGCUGGGCUGGGGGUUACUUGCAUUACCACACAUUUGAUGGACGGCCGUAUGACAUCCAUGGCGCCUGCACCUACACCGUGGCCAAGACCUGCGGGUGUGACUGCGACCCACACUCCUUUGACAUCACGGCUGAGAGUGGAAACAGGGGGAACACGCAGGUCUCAUACAUUGGGUCGGUGACCAUCCAGGUGGAUGGCAUUACCAUCACAGUGGCCAGGGCAGAGGUCGGCUUUGUGAGGGUGAAUAACACCAGGGCCCACUUACCCAUCUCCCUCAACAAUGGGGCCCUUCAGCUCUAUCAGAGCGGCACCUCCCUCGUCCUCCGCACCGACUUCAACCUCAGAGUGUCCUAUGACUGGAACAACCACCUGAGGGUCACCGUCCCUAAUGACUUCUCUGAGAGCCUGUGCGGCCUGUGCGGCAACUAUAAUGGGAACCCUUCCGAUGACUUCUGGACCCCAGCCAAGGAUCAGGAUCCCAGUGUCAUUCUCCAGGAGCAAAGCUUGGCAGUGGAAGAUGAGGAUCAGUUUUGCUGGCACGAUUGCAUUGGAGGCUGCAGGCCCUGUGCCCCCAGCAUAGCCAGAAAGUACAAGGAGGAGGCCUCGUGCGGCCUGAUAAUCAAGGUCUCAGAUGGGCCCUUCAGCCAGUGCCACACCAAGGUGGAUCCUACAGUCUACUUGGACAACUGCGUGUACGAUCUGUGCCACAAUGACGGCUACCGGAAGGCCCUGUGUGAGGCCCUGAAGGCCUAUGCGGACGCCUGCCAGCUGGAGGGGGUCAAGAUUGGGGAAUGGAGGCAGCUGGCCAGAUGUUCCAUGGAGUGCCCCCUGGAGAACAGCAAGUACCAGCUCUGUGGAACAGCCUGCCCAGCCACGUGUGUGGACCAGUCAGCCCCCAGCAGCUGCCAAGACCCCUGCGUGGAAAGCUGCCAGUGCAAGGAUGGUUUUGUGCUGAGCCAGGGCAAAUGCAUCCCCAAGAGCAGCUGUGGGUGCCUGUUCGAGGGGCGCCCCUAUGCCCCCAACGAGAGCUUCUGGGUCGAUGAGGCAUGUGGGACACGGUGCAUGUGCAACGCAGCCACUAGACAAGUCGAAUGCGUGGCUGCUACAUGCAAACGUUCAGAGAGGUGCGGGCUAGUGAACGGCGUACGGGGUUGUUACCCCUCCAGCUAUGCCAUCUGCUCUGUGACAAGAAAUCUGCACUAUGCCACCUUUGAUGGACAGAGAUACGACUUCCAAGGCACCUGCCGCUACCAGCUCACGGCUCUGUGCAAGAAGGCGGAGGGACUGGUGGACUUUGAGGUUUACUUCCAGGAAAGCAAUACUGGUCCUGUGCAGAUCAAGGUCUAUGAGACUGACAUCAGGGUCAGCAAUCAAUUCCCUGGCAAAAGCAUGGUGAAUCGUUUCCUGAUUACCCUUCCCUUCAACCUCAAUGAUACGAAAAUCACUGUGUAUAGAAAGGGCUGGGCCACAGUGAUCCAGACAGACUUUGGUCUCACCGUUACCUAUGCCGGGUGGUCAGGACGCACCACGAUCACUCUGCCAGUCACCUACGCGGGAGCCGUGUGUGGUCUGUGUGGCAAUUUUAACAGUGACAGGGAUGAUGACAUGCUCAUGAGGGAUGGCACGCUGGCACCAAGCCCCGUCAGCUUUGGCCAGAGCUGGAAGCUGGGCGACCUCCCGGGAUGCUCUGCUGUAAUGAUACCACCAUGCGCAAGUGUAGAGGCUAUUGAAAAACAACAACGAGGUAGCAGAGGGCAGUGUGGGCUCAUCCUAUACAAGAAUGGCCCUUUCAGAGGAUGUCACAGCAAAGUGGACCCCCAUGGAUACUUCGUAGACUGCGUGGAUGGCUAUUGCGUCCUCAGUGCGCGGGAGAGUAACGUCUGCCAGGCCGUUGCUGCCUAUGCCGAGGCAUGUCAGGAAGCUGGAGCUAUGGUGCGUCCCUGGAGGACUACGCAAUUCUGCUCUCCGUCCUGUCCCCUGAACAGUCACUAUGAAUUCUGCAGCAGCAGCUGCGAUCUGACAUGCAGCAACCUCUAUGCCCCGGUGCAAUGCAUGACCCAGUGUAAGGAAGGCUGCGUGUGUGACGACGGCUUUGUUCUCAGUGGUGACCGCUGCGUCCCCAUUUCCCAGUGCGGAUGCCUCCACAGAGGACUUUACUACCAGGCUGAGGAGACCUUCCACCCGAGCGGUUCAUGCGAGGAGCAGUGCGUGUGUCAGGCUGGUGGGGAGGUUGUGUGUAGGGAAUUCUCCUGCGGUGCUGGUGAGCAAUGCGGUGUGGUGGACAGCAUCCAGAAAUGCCACCCAUUUGGAUCUGCAACCUGUUCUGCCUCUGGCCAUCCCCACUACCUCUCUUUCGAUGGGGUCCCCUUUGACUUCCAAGGCACCUGCACUUACAUCCUGGCCAAGACCUGCACCGAUGCCAGUGACCUUACACCAUUCACUAUCAGUGUAGAGAAAGAAGAUUGGGGCACUAGGAAUGUGUACAUGGCCAAGCUGGUGUCCAUCCAGGUGUAUGGGAUCACACUCACCCUGCUGCAGAGCAAACAGGGGCUCAUCAUGGUGGACGGGGUGUCCCACAACCUGCCUGUGAUCAUGGCCGAUGGGCGGCUCUGGGCGUAUCAGCACGGCGUGAAUGUCCUGGUGCAAACUGACUUUGGCCUCACCGUGAGCUAUGACCUGGUUUACCAUGCCAGAGUGACAGUCCCGGGGAGCUACCGUGGCCGGAUGUGUGGCCUGUGCGGGAACUACAAAGGGCAGCAGGAUGACGAGUUCCUGCUCCCCGAUGGCAGGGUGGCCCCCGACACUGCAUCCUUCGGGUCUGCCUGGGAAGUUCAGAUCCCAGAAGCCUCCUGUACAGACAAGUGUGCUGGGAACAGCUGUCCAGUCUGCGAGGAUGGGAGGGAAGAUGUCUUCAAAGAGCACAACUACUGCGGGCUGCUCACAGCCCCUGAUGGCCCUUUUGCCACCUGCCAUGGCACGGUCAGCCCCAGCAUGUAUUUCAACAACUGCCUGUAUGAUCUGUGCCUGGGCAACGGGGAUGUACAGGUUCUGUGCCAGAGCAUCCACAGCUAUGUGACAGCCUGCCAAGAGGCUGAGGCCCCCAUCCAGCCCUGGAGGAGCACCUCCUUCUGCUGUAAGUGCUGUGAUGCUGCUGGAGCUCUGGGACGCACUGGGGAGGGUCAUAAUUUCAAAGCAUCUCAUUCCAAACCUCUGGGUUUCCUCAGAAACUCCUCUGGAUGGAAACCAACCUUAAAUAAGUGUCCUGGUCCUCUCCUCCCAGCCCUGCUCUCCUCCCCUUCAUGUCUCUGUACCUCUGGUUCAUGGUAUGAGAUCUUUCCUGCCCUAAAUUAAUUCUCUCUCUAUUUAAGC